GACACCGUAAUAUAUGACAUUCCCUACAUAAAAAUAGGUAUCGUGUCACAUUUUGUGUAAACCUUCAGCGUCAGUUUGUUGUCACGUGCAUAUCAUCCAAGUCGCUCAUGGGAAGUAGUCGCAGUGUAACCUGGGGAAACCUGUCUCAAUUAAAGUCACGUAUUUACUAAAUUCCAAGUGCCUGGUUGGGAAUUAUUAUUCGAAAUAAAUUUAGCAUAUUUUGUAACUUCACGACAAAACCGAAAUCAGCAUGGCAUCCCUUUAUCCUGUCGUCCGACUCAUCAUUGACCCCAAAAUUGAAGAAUUGUUACCCAUCUACUCUGAAAAACCCGUAUUGAAAAACUGCUUUGUGUGCGAAACACCGAAAACCGAAAAAUCCACAGAAAAAGCAAGAGUUACGAAAGGAGCAGGCCGAACUUCUAAAACUGUUGGUGGUCAACUCGGACAACAGUUUCACUUUGAAUAAGUACAACGUCGAGAGUGACACGACUUGUGGCACGUGCAACGAUGCGAUGGACGAAGUCUGGCAUCUGCAUAAGGAAAUGAUAUCGGUUAUUCGACAGAUUAAUGAAAUUGUUAAAAAAGUGACGGAUUCCAUGGGAGGAGGCGAAGAUGGGACAAGUGAUCGAGGUCACCCAUCAUCCGUCCAAAUGGCUUCAAUAGUCGACGUAUCCUCGUCACUGGAACACUUCAAGAAAUUAAAAGUGCAUCAGGUCGGCGACGAUGGCUUGAACUCUGAAAAAAAUGUCGCCUCAAGUGGUGAUAUUUCUGCAAGCUCGCUCAACACUGAGAAACACGAAGUACAAACUGGUAAUACCGAGCCGGUACGCCAAUCUAGAAGGUUACGCUCCGAAAAUAAAACGCCUCAACGCUUCUCCCACGAUGUGUACCAGCAAAGACCAAAAUCCGCUAAAAGACCGCAAACCAAAUCACCUCCGCUUGGCUGCCUUACCAACAAAAAGUUCAAAAUUGUCGGACAAAUUAAAAAACCUCCUCGUCCAUGUACCCGUUGCAAUGAAAUGUUCAGGUCACAAGCGUUUCUUCAACGUCAUAUUCGCUCAAAUAUCUGCGAGAUUAGAAAGAAGUACCGGAAGAACACGUACAAACCCAAGAACCAGGACUCCACCGGCUUCACCAUUACCGCCAAGGAUUUUCCGCAUAAAUGUCCAAAUUCGUUCUGUCAACAAUCUUUCAUGCAAGAAGAACAUUUAGCGGAACAUUAUGUCCAGUGUGAGAAGCGGGUUUGUCUAAUUUGUUAUGAAUCGGUAGCACGUGUGGAGUUCGAGGGACACGUGGCUUCCUGUAAAAAGUCUGCGAAGUAAUGGUAAAGUAUUUACAUACGGGAGCGAAUUUGCAAAUAUUAAUUCUACAAAGUUUUCAGAAAUAUUUUAGACGUGUACAAUUUUUUAAAUGAUGAACUGUUCAGAUUUUGCAUCUUUGCAGAUUUGCAUAUGCAUGUACUAAGGAUUGAUUUAAUUAAAUUACUGGAAAAUGCGUCUCAUUCAAGUUUUCUUGUCUCAGGAUCAGAUCAUCAAUACGUAGUGUUAUAAAUGUAACUAAUUACGGUAGAUACAUUUGAAUUUUGCACUAUAUUUACCAUAUUUACUAUUAACAAAUUAUAGAGUAUGGAAUUCUUGGAUCCUGUUAUUAAUAAAAUAAUCAUGACUAAUUAAACUUAUAAAAAUAAGAUAAAAUAUUUAGCUUGAUGUCGCAUUAGUAACCAUUUAUGUAAAAUGAUAACAAAGCAUUCUGUGAAGAAACUCUGUACUCCAACAAAUUCGGGAGGUCCAUAUGUGCAUGUAAGCACAUAUAAAUAUGCACAAUUAUACAUAUUCAUAUAUCUAAAUAUGUAUGUACAUGUAACGGUAAAUACACAUUUACUCUCAUUCUUCCCAUAAAUUAUGUAUGACUAUGAC